AUGGCUGGUGAGGAUAGCUCUUCCUAUCAUAAGGGUGGAAAGCAAAAGAAAAUGGGCAGAAAGGCCAAGGAGGAAUAUACUGGAACAGGUCAAAAAGUUUCAAAGCACCAAAAUUCCUCAGUUUUACAAGCAUCAUUUGUCAGAAAACAGGUUGACCCAGAGAUGGCAAAAUACUUUGCGGAGAUUGCAAACGUUAUAGAAGGUACUGAGAUUGAGUUGGAGGAGCGGAUAAUCAUAUGUGGUAAUGCCUUGGAAGAGACUAGAGGGAAGGAAGUGGAACUUGCAACUGAUUAUAUCAUAAGCCAUACUUUGCAAACUCUACUUGAAGGCUGCUCUGUGGACGGCCUUUGUGGUUUUCUGCGAAGCUGUGCAAACAAUUUCUGUCAAAUAGCUAUGGAUAGAUCUGGUUCUCAUGUAGCUGAAACAGCUCUGAAGUCUUUGGCUUUGCACCUUCAGGAGGAUAACGAGAUUCACUCCCUCAUUGAAGAGAUGCUAAGUACAUUAUGCCAGGAAAUCGUGGUAAAUCCUGUUGAUAUAAUGUGCAACUGUUAUGGAUCUCAUGUUAUGCGGAGCCUUCUGUACCUUUGUGAAGGACAAACCUUAGGCUCAUCAGAGUUCCACAGCUCAAAACCAUCAGUUCUGCUGGCAGAACGUUUGAAUUUGAGGUCUUCUCAGUUGGAUGGUCAUAAAUUGCAACAUCAUCAGAAAUUUCCAGAUCAAUUAAAAUUUCUUGUAUCAGAGAUGUUAAACCCUUCCAGGGUCGACAUAGCACCUCUUCUAGUAAAUCAAUACAGCAGUUUGGUUCUGCAGACUGCUUUGAAAUUAUUAGCUGGACAUGAACAGGAGUUGCUACAUGUAAUUCCAGUCCUUCUUGGUUUCAGUACUGAAACUGGCUCGGGGUGGAACUUUAUAAAGGCGAGUGAAGUAAAAAAUAUUCUAAGUUUAGUGGAAGAAAAUGCAUACAGUCAUUUAAUGGAGGUCAUCUUGGAAGUGGCUCCUGAUAACUUAUUCGAUGAAUUAUUCACAAAAGUUUUCAGGGGUUCUUUAUUUAAGAUGUCGUCGCAUCACACUGGGAACUUCGUUGUACAAGCAUUGGUUUCCCAUGCAAGAAGUCACGAUCAUAUAAAGUCAAUUUGGGAGGAGCUCGGUACAAAAUUCAAGAAUCUUCUUGAAAUGGGAAGGCCGGGAGUCAUUGCAUCUCUUCUUGCUGCAAGUCAAAGGCUUCAGACCCAUGAACAUAAGUGUUGUCAGGCCCUUGCUGCUGCUGUACGUUCGGAGAAUGAGUCUACCGCAUGCAUUGUAUCACGGAUACUCUUUCUUGAUAGUUACUUCUACUCUGAAGAUAAGGACAGCUGGAAUUGGCCAAAUGGUGUUAAGAUGCAUGUUCUUGGUUCAUUGAUUUUGCAAUCAAUUUUUAGACUUCCAAAUGAUUUCAUACUGGAAUACAUCUACAGUAUCACAUCAUUGGAGGACAACCAUGUGCUUGAAGCAUCAAAAGACCCUGGUGGUGCCAGGGUUAUUGAAGCAUUUCUCAAUUCAAAUGCUUCGACUAAACACAAGCGCAAGUUGGUUAUCAAGCUUCGGGGACAUUUUGGAGAGCUCUCUGUGUAUUCAUCUGGUUCAUUUACUGUUGAAAAGUGCUUCAAUGUCAGCAAUUUAUCCCUGAGGGAGAUAAUUGUAUCAGAGAUAUUACCUGUCCAAUCAGAACUUUCCAAGACUAAACAGGGCCCUUACCUGUUGAGGAAACUUGAUGUUGAGGGGUUUGCAAGAAAUCCGGAUCAAUGGAAAUCAAGACAAGCUUCAAAGCAGUCUGCUUAUGAAGAGUUUUAUGCGGAAUUUGGACCAAAGACAACCAAGGCUUCACAAAGUGACAACUUUCUUACUGAUACACAUAUCAAAUCACAUAAGGAAAAGUUGAAGGGCAUGAGAAAAGAGAUUGACACUCGUCUGUCCUAUGGUUUUGCUCCCAACUCUGGUACCCAAUUCUUGGCUCACCCGGGUUCUGGUAAAUUAAAAAGUUCAGGCAAUAAACAGGUGCCAAAAAGAGCCGGAUUUGCCAAAGAUGCGACAAGAAAUGGAGAAAAAACAGCACAGGAAGAUGCUUUGACAAAAUCUUUGCAAAAGAAGCAGAAGGGGAAGAGCUACCUUUGCUGCUAUGAAGAGAACUGUUGUAUUCUUACAUCUAAGUCGGGAAUUACAUUAAACAGCAAACUGUACUCUUCCUUGUCGAUUGAUUCUUCAGUCAUCCUAUGGAGGCUUGCACCUGAAGUUACUUAUUCUGCGUCGGAUUCGAUCUACUUGGAGAGGAUGCUUUCGUCUCUACCAGGAGACGGGCUCCUUGCGCUUCAUGCAGGUGAGACUGCAGAAUCAGCAUUAGUGCAAGAACAAAAGAGAUCAUCAUUCUCAAGGUAUUAUGUAUAA